AUGAAAUCGUUCCACAUUCUUCUAUUAGCCGCAUUCGUGGCUUACUUUCAUGCUAUGCCAAUUGAUCCGAAGACUUCUCAUCUGGGACUUCAUAGUGAUAGUGCUCCAUUGCGUCCAGCCAGACACACAGAUGAGAAGCCAACAAUGAAUCAAGGAGCUGAGGAGGAGAAGAAGCGUCCAGCCAGAGCUGCAGAGGAUCAACCAAAGGGAACCCAAGGAGCUGAUGAGGAGAAGAAGCGUCCAGCUAGAGAUGCUGAGGAUCAGCCAAAGGGAACCCAAGGAGCUGAUGAGGAGAAGAAGCGUCCAGCUAGAGAUGCUGAGGAUCAGCCAAAGGGAACCCAAGGAGCUGAUGAGGAGAAGAAGCGUCCAGCCAGAGCUGCUGAGGAUCAGCCAAAGGGAACCCAAAGAGCUGAUGAGGAGAAGAAGCGUCCAGCCAGAGCUGCAGAGAAUCAACCCAAGGGAACCCAAGGUGCUGAUGAGGAGAAGAAGCGUCCAGCCAGAGCUGCAGAGAAUCAACCCAAGGGAACGCAAGGAGCUGAUGAGGAGAAGAAGCGUCCAGGUAGAGCUGCUGAGGAUCAGCCAAAGGGAACCCAAGGAGCUGAUGAGGAGAAGAAGCGUCCAGGUAGAGCUGCUGAGGAUCAGCCAAAGGGAACCCAAGGAGCUGAUGAGGAGAAGAAGCGUCCAGCCAGAGCUGCAGAGAAUCAACCCAAGGGAACGCAAGGAGCUGAUGAGGAGAAGAAGCGUCCAGCCAGAGCUGCAGAGAAUCAACCCAAGGGAACGCAAGGAGCUGAUGAGGAGAAGAAGCGUCCAGGUAGAGCUGCUGAGGAUCAGCCAAAGGGAACCCAAGGAGCUGAUGAGGAGAAGAAGCGUCCAGCCAGAGCUGCAGAGAAUCAACCCAAGGGAACGCAAGGAGCUGAUGAGGAGAAGAAGCGUCCAGCCAGAGCUGCAGAGAAUCAACCCAAGGGAACGCAAGGAGCUGAUGAGGAGAAGAAGCGUCCAGCUAGAGCUGCUGAGGAUCAAGCCAAGGGAACCCAAGGAGCUGAUGAGGAGAAGAAGCGUCCAGCCAGAGCUGCAGAGGAUCAACCCAAGGGAACCCAAGGAGCUGAUGAGGAGAAGAAGCGUCCAGCUAGAGCUGCUGAGGAUCAAGCCAAGGGAAACCAAGGAGCUGAUGAGGAGAAGAAGCGUCCAGCCAGAGAUGCUGAGGAUCAACCAAAGGGAACCCAAGGAGCUGAUGAGGAGAAGAAGCGUCCAGCUAGAGCUGCAGAGAAUCAACCAAAGGGAACCCAAGGAGCUGAUGAGGAGGAGAAGCGUCCAGCUAGAAAUGCUGAGGAUCAGCCAAAGGGAACCCAAGGAGCUGAUGAGGAGAAGAAGCGUCCAGCCAGAGCUGCUGAGGAUCAGCCAAAGGGAACCCAAAGAGCUGAUGAGGAGAAGAAGCGUCCAGCUAGAGAUGCUGAGGAUCAGCCAAAGGGAACCCAAGGAGCUGAUGAGGAGAAGAAGCGUCCAGCCAGAGAUGCUGAGGAUCAACCAAAGGGAACCCAAGGAGCUGAUGAGGAGAAGAAGCGUCCAGCUAGAGCUGCUGAGGAUCAACCAAAGGGAACCCAAGGAGCUGAUGAGGAGAAGAAGCGUCCAGCUAGAAAUGCUGAGGAUCAGCCAAAGGGAACCCAAGGAGCUGAUGAGGAGAAGAAGCGUCCAGCUAGAGCUGCUGAGGAUCGGCCAAAGGGAACCCAAGGAGCUGAGGAGGAGAAGAAGCGUCCAGCCAGAGCUGCAGAAGAUCAACCAAAGGGAACCCAAGGAAUUGAUGUCAAUCCAAUUGACGCCGUCUACGCUGACACGGGAGACACCCGUUUCUUCAUCUUCUAA